CUCGAAGUUGAACAGACUCGACUCAAGCUCGAAAAUCUUGUCAAAUAAACCAGCUUUUCAUAUCAUCGGAUUCUGCAGCACUCUGUGAUCUAUGAAAAUGGAUUUGAUGUCUGGUUACAAGGGGGUUGUUGGGCUUGUUUUUGGCAACGAGAAUUCUUCAAAUGUAGAUAGCUAUGUUGAGCGCUUGCUUGACCGGAUAAGCAAUGGUAAACUAUCAGAGGACAGGAGAAAUGCUAUUACUGAGCUUCAGGCUAUUGUCUCAGAAAGUCAAGCUUCUCAGUUGGCAUUUGGGGCAAUGGGAUUUCCUAUAAUGCUAAACGUCUUAAAGGAAGAACGUAAUGAUGUUGAGAUGGUUCGUGGUGCCCUGGAAACUAUGGUAGGUGCACUGACUCCUAUUUAUCAUGCAAAAGGAUCAACUAAUGAAGUUCGGCCAGCUUUGAUGAACACUGAUUUACUUUCUAGAGAAGCAGAUAGUAUCUCUCUUCUUCUAAGUUUGUUGGAAGAGGAUGAUUUCUAUGUACGAUAUUAUACUCUGCAAAUAUUGACUGCCCUUGUCACCAAUUCUCCACAGAGGUUACAGGAAGCUAUAUUGGCCAUCCCUCGUGGUAUAACUCGGCUAAUGGACAUGCUUAUGGAUCGUGAGGUAAUAAGGAAUGAGGCCUUAUUGCUUCUUACUCACCUGACGCGUGAAGCCGAGGAGAUUCAAAAGAUUCUCGUCUUUGAAGGUGCAUUUGAGAAGAUUUUCAGUAUCAUAAGAGAGGAGGGAAAUUCGGAUGGUGGCGUUGUUGUGCAGGACUGCCUUGAAUUGUUGAACAAUUUGCUUCGUAGUAAUGCAUCCAAUCAGGUACUAUUAAGAGAGACUGUAGGACUUGAUUCAUUGAUAUCAAUUUUGAAGCUGAGAGGAAGUACAUACACUUUUACUCAAGAAAAGACAAUCAAUCUAUCCAGUGCGAUAGAAACCAUUAAAUUGUUAUUAAAGGGAGGUUCUGAGGCAGAUCCUGGGAAAGAUAUGAAUAAACAGACAAAUAAGACAACUCUCGUUCAGAAAAAGGUAUUGGACCACUUGUUAGUAUUGGGUGUUGAAAGCCAAUGGGUACCUGUUGCUGUUCGCUGUGAGGCAAUGCGAUGUAUUGGUGAUCUGAUUACUGGGGAUUCAAAGAAUCUUGAUCUUCUUGCUAGCAAAGUUCUUGGAGAGGAGCCACAAGUUGAACCUGCGCUGAACUCUAUACUUCGAAUCAUUUUGAGGACUUCUAGCAUGCAAGAGUUCAUUGCAGCUGAUUAUGUUUUCAAAAGCUUUUGUGAGAAAAAUGCUGAUGGCCAAUCAAUGCUGGCGUCUACACUAAUUCCACAGCCGUAUUCCAUGACUAAUGCACCCCUUGAGGAGGAUGUCAAUAUGUCUUUUGGAAGCAUGCUAUUACAUGGUCUCACUUUGGGUGAAAAUGAUGGUGAUCUUGAGACGUGUUGCAGAGCUGCUAGUGUUCUAUCUCAUAUAUUGAAGGACAAUCUCCAAUGCAAGGAAAGGGUUUUACGAAUUGAAAUUGAGGCACCCAUGCAAUCUUUAGGAGCUCCAGAGCCACUAAUGCAUCGAAUGGUGAAAUAUUUGGCCCUUGCUUAUUCCAUAAAAUCCAAAGACAAAAAGUUUAGUGCAUCAGGAAACUCUUAUGUUCAAACCAUUAUCUUGAAAUUACUGGUUACCUGGCUAGCAGAUUGCCCUGGUGCAGUGCACUGCUUCCUAGAUGCUCGCCCACAUGUUACUUUACUUCUUGAGCUGGUUUCAAAUUUGUCAGAAACAGUGUGUAUAAGGGGUUUUGCGGCAGUUGUCUUGGGUGAAUGUGUGAUCUAUAAUAAAUCCACGGAUAGCAGAAAAGAUGCAUUUGCCAUUGUUGAUAUAAUAAGUCAGAAAGUUGGACUUAGUUCAUACUUUUUAAAGUUUGAUGAGAUGCAGAAAAGUUUUAUUUUUGUUAGCGUGGAGUCAUCACUCACCCAUAAAUUAUUCACGAGAUCUUCAGCAGCUAGCAUGGCAGAUGUUGAAGAUGUAGAUGACAAUAAUUUGUCAGAAAAGAAAAAUUUAGAUCAUCCAAUUCUCACUUCAAUCUUGGAUUCUUGCUUUGUGAAUCUUGUCAAAAGACUGGAGGUAGAUAUUAGAGAACAGAUUGUGGAGGUUUAUAGUCAUCAAAAAAUCAAGGUGCAAGAAGUGCCAGCAGAAUUAGAGCAGAAGAAUGGUGAAAGUGAUGGAGAGUAUAUAAAGCGGCUGAAAGCUUUUGUUGAGAAGCAGUACUCUGAGAUACAGGAUCUCCUUGUUCAAAAUGCUGCUUUGGCUGAGGACAUGGCUAGGACAGGUAGUAGUUUCCAGUCUGAGCAAAGAGCGAGUGGGGGCUCAGACAAUGUCCAAAUAGAGACACUACGUAAAGAUUUCCAAGAAGCAUCUCAAAGAUUGGAGAUGCUUAAGGCAGAAAAGUCCAAAGUUGAAUCAGAGGCAAUAAUGUAUAGGAAUUUAGCUGGAAAGACGGAAGCUGAUCUAAGGAGUCUGUCUGAUGCCUACAAUAGUCUUGAGCAAUCUAACUUCCAACUGGAGCAUGAGGUGAAAGCACUGAAGAGAGAAGGGCUCUCAACAUUCCCAGAUGUGGAGGCAAUAAAAGCUGAAGCAAGGGAAGCAGCUCAGGAGGAGACUGAGGGUGAGCUGAGUGAUCUAUUUGUAUGCCUCGGGCAAGAACAAAGCAAGGUGAAAAAACUUAGUGCUAGAUUGCUGGAAUUGGGGGAGGAUGCUGAAAAACUACUUGAAGGCAUUGGAGAUGAUGCUGGAGUUGCUGAAGAUGGUGAAGAUGAGGAAGACGGGGAAUAAUAUGUUUUCAUGUCUGUCUCACUAAAUUCAUUUCAUGUUUAAUUGUACAGUCUUAACAUAAUCUAUGGAGAAUGGAUCAAACAUAUAUUCCAUGGUUGGAUUUUAAAUUAAGGAUUCCUUCAGUACCUGUUUCUUGCUGGUCUUAUUUUGCAAUAUUCAGGGGGUGAUAAAAUUGUCUCUCUUUAUUACAUUUAGUUUUUUUUUCCCCCUUUAUUAAUGUUAAUCAGUCAAAUUGUGAGAAAUAAUUUGAAGACAAAUAUUUGUAUUCUGUUUAUAUUUUUAGAUGAGGAUUGUGUUGUCAUUGUAUACAACUUUUUCUCUAUGUAAUAGUGAUAUCUAUCAAAUUAUGUUCUA